CCAACUUACCCACUUUACCAAUAAUUUUCCUCUUCUCUCUCUCUCUAAAAUUUCUUUCUUUGCUGUGAUUUCGCUGGCAAUUCUGUCUGACUGUCUUUCUUUUCUUCCUCCAUCAUAUGUUCUGUUUUUCCAUUCUUCUCCAUCAUUUCUUCCUUUCAAAACCCUAACCCUAAAAAUAAAAACCCAAAAACCAAAUAUAUACGGACACCAUUUUCAACAAUUCACAAAAUCCCAUUCCCCAAAAUGGGUUCUUCUUCAUUUUCUCUGUUUAGUCUUCUAUUCAUUUCAAUUUUUGUAAUUUCUGUAUCAUCAUCAUCAUCUUCUUCUUCAAAUUCGUAUUCAGAUCCAGCUAAAGAUGUAUACGAAGUAUUAAAAUCACAUGGAUUACCAAUUGGUUUAUUACCAAAGGGUGUUACAGAAUUUAGCUUAAAUGAAGAUGGAAGAUUUGAAGUGCAUCUUGAUCAAGCGUGUAAUAUUAAAUUUGAAAAUGUUAUUCAUUAUGAUAGAAAUGUUACGGGUGUAUUAAGUUAUGGUCAGAUCCGUGAAUUAACAGGGAUUCAAGCUCAAGAAUUGUUUCUUUGGUUUCCUGUUAAUGUGAUUCAUGUUGAUAUACCUAGUUCUGGUUUGAUUUAUUUUAAAUUGGAUGUGGUUGAUAAACAGUUCUCGCUUUCGUUAUUCGAAACUCCUCCUGAUUGUACUAUUGUUGGUGCUGGACGUGUUGAUCCUCCUGAUCUUCCGAGUAAUCAGAAUGUUGGCGGUGAUAUCAUUUUGGAGACUGUAGUAACUCAGAAUUUAUCAAGAAAGCUUCGGAAUGAAAAAGUGAAUCAAAGGGUAGUACAGUAGGCUGUGGAAGAGAAUACAACUCAAAAUUCAAUGAUAGCUCAACUAAAAAUAGUGGGUUUUUCCUUUUCCCCUUUUAAGAGACUAUCUCAAAGAGUCGGGUUUAGAACAAAGUCUUUUAUGCUUCCAUAGUGUGUGCUUGCUUACAGUAUAGUACAGACUAGUCUAGCCUGUUCGUUUCUGUCUAACUGACAGCGAAUGGCGUAAUCUCAAUCAACAUGAGUGAGGGGGAAGAGAGAUAGAGGAAAGUGAACAUCGGGAGCAGGGUAAUGUAUAUCAGAGGAAGAGUUAGAGAACAAGGGUUGUUUGGUUGAUGUAAGCCGCAGAUAGUCGAAAAGCUAUAAUUUCUUGGUGUGAUCUUUAUUAUUUUUUUUAUAUAUAUUUAUAUAGAUAUUGGGCGAUGGAUAUUGAGUCUCUGUAAAUGCGGAAUCUGUUUGUUGUAUGUAUUAUUCUUCACAUCAUAAACUCUGAGGUAAGAAGUACAUUCCUUUCACGAUAGAACAAAAUAAAUAAUAGUCAUAUUUCCUUGUUU